AUGUCAAAGGCCACGAACGCGCAGGAUUUCAUUGCUGAACUAGCCAUUGCUUUUCACGGGAGCGGCGACACGGUCAAACUAGAUGAGCUUUUCGCCGAUGAUCUUGUUAUUCUACUGACGGAUAAAGUGCUUCCCACCACCGUCGGCAUGAACAAGCAAGGCUGGCUGAAUCACUGCGCGAACUACUACGCCAAAGUAUACAACAUGAGAGUCAAGACAUUCAACGUCUUCGGAGACAUCAACGACUUAAUAGGGUGGGAAUACCGGUUUACGUUUACCUCGAAGAAGGACAACCCGAAGAUGGGCGCCCGGGAAGGCGAGGAUAUCACAAUCCGCGGAAUGUCCAUCUACAAGCUCCGAACUUCGGAGAAGGGGCUGCAGAUUGUGGAGGGAAGGGACUAUUACAGCUUUCUGCAUAAAGAAGAUUGA